GGUUCUCGCGAGAGCUGAGGUCUCACUAGUACCGGCGGAAGUAGAACCAAUCCCUCUUUCCGGGCGGCCAUAGCCAAGCUAGCAGCGGUCAAAAUGAAGUUCAAUCCAUUUGUGACCUCAGACCGCAGCAAGAAUCGCAAACGGCACUUCAAUGCGCCAUCUCACAUUCGCAGGAAGAUCAUGUCUUCUCCCCUCUCCAAGGAGUUGAGGCAGAAAUACAAUGUCCGUUCUAUGCCCAUCCGAAAGGAUGACGAAGUCCAAGUUGUCCGGGGUCAUUACAAAGGGCAGCAAAUCGGCAAGGUAGUCCAGGUGUAUAGAAAGAAGUAUGUCAUCUACAUUGAACGUGUACAGCGUGAGAAAGCCAAUGGUACAACUGUACAUGUGGGCAUUCACCCUAGCAAGGUGGUGAUCACAAGACUAAAGCUGGACAAGGAUCGUAAAAAGAUCUUGGAACGCAAAGCAAAGUCUCGCCAAGUUGGCAAAGAGAAGGGAAAAUACAAGGAAGAAACAAUUGAGAAGAUGCAAGAAUAAAAUGGACUCAUCUCUGAAAAUCAUUAAAAUUCCAAUAAAAUAUAA